AUGUAUGCGAUCUGCGUGCUGCCGUCGCAACGACCGGUGCGAUGCUACUGCCUCGUCAGCGUCCAUCCGUUUUUCAGCUUGUUUGUCAAACUGUUACGGGGGAUCGUGGGCAUGUGCCACAACCACACGCCUCAAGCUGUCCAAGUGAUCUUUGACGAUGCCCUCCGCCGACUCCACGGCACGCCGGUGCCGCCCAUGGGCGGGUGGUGCAGCUUCCGACUUGACCCACAGCACCCCCUGCUCACGUUCCACCGCCCGCACACGUCCACAACCCGCCACGAAGCGCGCCAGUUCAUCCUCGAGUAUACAUCUCCGCGUCUGUUUUCCAAAGUCAGUUUGGACCACCUGCUCGUGCUCCUCGGAUGUCUCUGCUGCGAAGUCAAGGUGCUCCUGAAGUCGUCCGACCCGUCCCUUCUCACGUCGUGUGUGCUUGCGGUGCGGGCGUUGCUGGAUCCGUUUGAAUGGGCCGGCGUGGUGGUGACGCUGUUGCCGCCGUCGUUGGGAGAAAUCCUCGAAGCGCCCGUGCCGUUCCUCGUUGGCCAAGUCACUUCAAAGCAGCAUUCUUGUCAUCAUUCGACCCGAUCUUCAGUUCCGUCACUCGUGCAACUCGACAUUGACACGAACACGUUGAUCAUGGACGACCAAGAGAUGGAGGUACUGCAUGAACUCAAGCUUCCCCGAAGCGAUUCGCUCCAGUUCCAGCUGCAGUCGUACGCGUCGACGUGUUUUGGCAGCGACCUGUCCCCCCAAAGCCUCGAGCGGCACCACGUCGAGGCCUGCGAACACAUGAGCGCGUGCAUUCAGUCGCACUUGGCAUCGCUCUUGGACCCGUCCCAGCACCAGCACGACGCACCCUUUCUCCAUCGAUUCCACUCGACCCAAAUGUACAGCAUCGCGUCGUCCGAGUGCAAUUUGAACGAAUUGGAGGACGUGUCUGGUGGAGCAGGGAGCGAUUUAGAAGGGGAGUCGACGUCGUAUGAGCCGACCGCGUAA